CUGCGCUGAAAUAUGAUUUUUGUUUUCUCCCUCUCAGCCAGAUCCAUAACCCAUACGCGCUACUCCCUUGCCAGUCGGGUGAGAGUGGGUGGACUGAAUGUUGCAGACCCCUCCUGCGUCCCCAAAGCCGGUGUCUGAUAUGAUCCAGAAAAAAAUAGACCACAUCGUUGCCACCUCGCCAGCCCAACCCAAAAGACCCAAAGUCUACUGCGACAAGUGGGUUCACGAGGGCGUAUGUGCCUUUACGCAGCAAGGAUGCAAGUACAAGCACGAGAUGCCGAUGGACAAGGCGACCCAGAAUUCCCUAGGCCUCUUUCAUGGGCUUCCGGCCUGGUGGAAGAAGCAUCAGGCCGAGUUGCAGAGACAGCAGGACUCGGAGGAGACUGUGACCAUCACCGGGGUAGAUUAUGGGAUUGCCAGUAGUGCCAACAACGCAAGUGCCGGCACCAUGGUCGGUGGUUUUCAAAUGCUUGGGAUUGGGGCCGGAAACGUCCCGGUGAACGGAGUCGGCGGCAGGGAUCGAGCUCUAACGUCGCCUGCCACAACGAUUCCCCAAUCCACUCUGUCUCAGCCACCCGGCCAGGGUUGGCGUCCCAAUGACGGAACUUUCAAGCACACUUCGAUGCCGUAUCGGUCGUCUCCCGGCACGGUCCCUCCGGGAAACGCGGGGCAAGCCCAGAUGGCUACGUUUAGGUCGAACGUCGCAACUGUACCUCGAUUGUCAGACCCCAGGUUGCCACUUCGACAUCGAGAGAGUUUGCCCCCCCUGCCACCGUCUUGCAUGUGGGGUCCCAUCGGACCGCCGUCGAAGUUUCCCGGGCUGAGCCACGGCGACACGGCUGCCGAUGCGGGGCCGGGAACCGCCAGAUGGGGGUUGAACCGGACAGGUCCGGCUAUGAUGCCACACGGGCCGCAACCGCCGCCGGGGUUCGUUGGUUUCAGCGGUGCCGAAGGCAACGACGUCUCUACUCAGGGUCCGACGGGCUUAGCGGUGCUGAACCCUCGCUCUGGGAAAUGAGCAUAAAAUUCAUAGAGGCAGACAAGGACAGCAGAGCUCGGCCCCUGAAAUGGGUUUUUAGUUGCUCUAUACGGGUAUGAUGUCGGGUAAUUUA